AUGAACAAGUUGAAGACGAUCAGUUGCAUGAUGGGAAAAACAACACCAAGGCUGUCAAGAAGUUAUUCCUUCCACGUCCUUCAUCCGCAGAUGCGACGGAUUCGCCCAGUCGCCCCACGUCUUCACAUGCCAUGGUUGCGACAGGGGAGGCAUUUCUCGGAGGGACCAGAGAGCGGCCCUGAGAGGAAGGAAGGCGCCGCCAAUGCACAGAGCAAGGUUGAUUGCACUUGGGGGUUUAAGAGCAGAGACGCUAUCCUUGAAGUGCUCGACGACAACAGGCAGAUCAGCCAGCAGAUGGUUAGGACUUGCUUGUUGGGAGGGUGCCGAAGAUCUCAUACCUUCAUGCUUCUAGCUUUUCAGUUCCAUGAUGCCCUUGAAGAAGUUGAACAUGAGGGCAUUGAGAUGGGGACAAUACACGCAUUCUUGUGCAUUGCUGAGAUGUAUCGAAGCCGCGAUGAAAGCAAGUUCGAGAUUCACAGUUCUAGCAUCUUGAACGGAGGCCUGGCCAUGCAGUUUGCGAAGCAGGCCCAGAUCGUAAGUCCGCUGUCACUUUUGGCUAACCGAGCUCCCCAGUUGAAGUCGUCGUUGCUGUACUCUAUCGUCACCUUCGAAGAAGUCGUGCCAGACUUUGAAGGACAUUGGUCUGUUCGAUUCUUUGGCAAGAACAUGCUUUCCAGUUUCAUCACAGUCCGUGCUUUUUCCUCUGAUACUCUCUUCCUGACGUUGGUUCAUCUACAAGUGACCAUGCAUAUUAAAGGAAGACAACGGAUCAGCUUCGUCAACCUUGAACAGUGGGAGCAUCGACCCCCCAUGAUAGAUGAGACAAGCUCGGACGACACGGGCUUUGAAGACUUCGAUCACGUUUGGUUGCUGGAAGCUAUGAUCGACUGGAAGGAUUUCAUACAAAUGAAUCAGAUGCCGACCGGCUUCGAGUCCGGGGAGGAUCACGAGAACAUCCAGUACAGGUGGAUAGUUAAAGACAUCAACGAGCACAUGGAGACAAUCGGCGAGCAGAGCAAGUGGAACAUCAGAUGGUCGUGA